GAGAAUGAGAAAAUUGCCAACUCGUUACGAUUUGAUCCCUCUUCGUCAUCUUAAUCGCGUCCUGGUUGGAAAGAGGGAGACAGAAACUAACGUUGUCUGUCUAUGACUGUCUUCGUUUAUGAGUGCAGUAUUUUACCGAAUGGCUGGACAAGUCUAGGAACGAAAGUAAGACCCAUAUCUGCUUCUGCGCGUGAGUUCCCCCUCUACUCUGCGACUACUCUAAGUCAGCGUCUCCGCCUGCGCAGAAGUCUAGGAUACUAAUUUAGUGGAAGUUGACGGUCUCAUCAGAUUCAGCCAUGGCUGAGCAGCAGCCCACUAAUCCUCUCUGCUACAACACCGAGUCGGCGCCGUGCGCGGUGUGCGGCGCGGAGGGCCGCCCCUGCGAGACCUGCCGCCUGGACUUCUACUGCGGUGACGAGCACCGCGCGCUGGACGAGGCUCGCCACGCCGCGGGGUGCGGCGCGCUGGAGGAGCGGCGCGACGACGCGCUGGGCCGCCACCUCGUGUUCGCCAAGGACGUCCCCGCCGGCACCGUGGUGCUGCGCGAGCUGCCCAUGCUGGUCGUGCCGCCGCCCUGGAACCCCAGAAUGGUGUUCUGCGUGGGCUGUCUGUCGGACGGGCUGUCGCUGCUGCACUCGCAGUGCCCCCGCUGCGGCUGGCCCGUGUGCGGCGCCGCCUGCAGCCGCCUGCCGCGCCACCAGCUGGAGUGCGCCGCCUUCCAGCGCGCCGGCUUCAAGUGCGAGCAUGUGCUGUCUUGGACCGACAAGCCGAUGAUGUGGACGGCGCUGGCCGCCCUGCGGACCCACCUCGCCCUGGAGAAGCAGCCCCUGCUGCUGGACCUGCAGUCCUCGCACAGCGCCGUGCUGCCCUCCGCCGGCGCGCUGCCGGGCGUGCUGGGCAUGGUGGACGCGGCGGGCUGGCGGUGCACUGUGGGCGCGGACGUGCGGCAGGGGCAGCGCUGGCCGGCCGCGGCGCGCUGGCUGCGCGAGAAGGCCGGCCUGCACUGGAUUGCCGAGCAGGACCUGGUGCGCGCCGCGGGCAUCUGCGACAUCAACGGCGUGCAGCUCAACCCCAUGGACGCCGUGGAGUCCGUGGUCCAGGCCAAGAUGGCGACCUUCGUCUUCCACGGCGUGUCGUUCGUGGAGCACUGCUGCAACCCCACUGCGAUGCUGCUGUGCCGCGACUCCGAGGCCGCGCACUGCGAGCAGCUCCUCGUGACCACGCGCGACGUGAAGGCCGGCGAGCACCUGUCCCUGGACUACCUGGACGCGCCCUUUCAGGACGCGGUGACUCGGCGUCGUCUGCUGCGUCGCGGCUGGAGCUUCGAGUGUCGCUGCGAGCGCUGUGUGGACCCCACUGCCUGCGGCGUCCACCUCGGCUCACCCUGCUGUCCGGUUUGCUCGGAGCGCGGGGAGCAGCAGCUGAUGGCGGCCGAGCUGGCGGGCUGGGACGGCCAGGACGGCGGCAAGCCCGGCUACCGCUGCCUGGGCUGCGGCCAGUCGGACGACGUGCCCGACAUGGACGACGUGGAGGCGGACCUGGUGGCGCUCAAGACCGCCAUGAGCGGCUACGACACGAUCGCUCCCACCCUGGACGAGCUGACCUACCCCGACGGCCCGCUGCACAAGGACCACCGCCUGAGGCUCCUCUCCGAGCUCUCCGCCAGCCUCGUGGUCGCCGUCCAGCUGCUGAGCGGUCACAUGUCUGACGCCGACAUCAAGCGAAACGUGGCGCGGGUCGAGAGGAUGCUGGCGGCGCUGGGCAAGGUGAAGCAGGGCCUGAGCCACCACCGCUGGGCGCUGCUCAUCGUCAAGUACGACCUGCUCUUCCACAGCCUGGAGACGGGCGGCCCGAGGGGCCCACACCGCCUCCAGGUCAUGAAGGAGCGGUGCAAGGAGCUGGAGGCGACCGUGCCUCUGCUGGAGCCUUUCUACUUCAGCCCCACCGAGAAGCAGCGCUUGUUCCAGACCUACCAGAGACCAGCGUCCUUGUUCAGCGACGCGUUGAGUGCUGUCUAGGCCGACCGGAGGCUCUGCUCAAUUUUGGUCUUUCACAGUGUGUGCCCGCAGUCUUAUGUCACGCCUCCGUAUUGGAUCGGUGCAUUUUGUUUUUUCGGCGCUUUUGCUGUUUUGAGCUAUCUUUCCGUAAACUUCCUAUAGUAUGAAAGAUUGAUCCAGGUGUUUUCUUUCUGUGACAUUUGGCCGAGGGCUUGGAUUCACGUUUUGGAUUGGUCUUAUUAUUUCAUUUUUUUGUAGCACUUGACCAGAAUAAUAAAGUUACUGUACUGAAA